AUGCUGGAUGCGACGAGCGUUGAAUUAGGGUUAGAUCCGUUGAAUGCGCCGGCUGCAGCCGCGGCGCGAGUCCAACCGCCGAAUGCCUUCUCCGUGCUCAAGUCCUUCGUCCUCAUGGGCUUCUACAAUUUCGGCGGCACCAAGGGCCACGUGGAGAUGAUGCGCAAAGAGUUUGUGGACCGGCGAGGCUGGCUGGAUGACACCCAGUUCACGGAGGUGUACCGAUAUGCCAAUGCCAUCCCGGGCCCAACGGGGAUGCAGAUGGUGGCGACACUUGGCACGCUGUGGUUGGGCACGUACCUUGGGGGCAUCUUAAUGCUCUUCUUCUACAUGCUGCCUGGAUGCCUUUCCGUCUACUUUGUGGCGAGGUUUGUGGAGUCAGUGGGGCAGAACGAUUUCUUCUCCUUCAACACGCAGUGGUUCACCGAGUUUGGCCCUCAGAUCCCCUCCGAUGAGAAAGCCUCCACCUUCUCGCAGGCCGUCGUGGGCGCCGUCGCUGCUGCUCCUGCCUACGCCCUCCUCUACUCAUUCGCCCAUGCCCAGAACCUCGCCAGCACCACGGACAGGGCGCUCAUCGCCAUAGUGGCGGCCAUCCUCUUCCUCCUCGCCACUCUCCCGGCCCUCAUCGCCAUAGUCGCCUCCGUCUUCUUCCUGCUCGCCCCGCACCGCCUCUCCCACCUCCUCGUGCCCCUCGCCCUCCUCCUCGCCGCCCUCUUCCGCUACCUCGCCCCCUUUGACCGCCUCUUCUCCCCUCCCCCCUCCUCCUCUUCCUCCGCUUCCUCCUCCCACUAUGCACACUCCUACUUCCCUUGGUCUGCUGCCAGACCUUCCCACCCUCCCUCCUCCUCCGCCUCCUCUUCCUCCUCCACCUUCUCCUCCUCCUCCUCUGCUGCCUCUGGCGUCCCCCGAACCUCCCAAGUGACUGAUAUUUUCUUCCGCCCUCUGCUCAGCCGGAGAAACACCGCUGCAAACACUCAGCUAAGCGGCAGCGGUACCAGUGCUGAGCGGGCUCCACUCACAGGCAGAGGCGGGGGCGGACGGGGGGGGAACGGCUUGGUGGGAGUGGCUGGGGCAGGAUCCCCGGCGUUCAGUGAAGGGGACGAAGGGGACGAGGAGGAGAGUAAGAAGCUGCUGGGGAAGGGCUUGGCGGUUGGGGGGGUGGCGGGAGGGUUGGGGGAGGGUGGCGGGGCGGGGAUUGCGUCGGGUGACUCGCUGGUGGUGCUGCGCGCCAAGGUGCACUCGCUGCCGUGGUCUGCUGUGCUGCUCUUUGGAUGGGUCGUCACGAAUCUGGCCUUUCUCUACUGCCGCACUCACGACGGGCGCGACCUGGGAUGUGAGUAG